UCCAGUGUACGGCUGCUACUGGCGUCUGCACCUACAGGCGAAAAUAUUUUCUGUUCGUCUGCUUGUAAGGAACGGAGAUCCGGAGCCGCUAUCAUCGUCAGCUGACCCCGACGGCGCAGCUGCGGAGUUUUAUCGUCGACGACAUGGCUGCUAAUCCUUCAGCACCAGUCUUCCCGAACAAGGCCAGAGUACAAAUCCUGGCCGAGCUGGAGAAAGAGAGGAAGCGGUUAAUGCAGAAUCAGUCCAUCAGCACUCCAGGAGCCAGCAUUUCAAUAUCCCGUCACAACAUGAAGGACUUCCGGGAUAGUGCAGAGCAGCAGCACAUUGUUGCCCAGCAGAAAGCAGCCUUGCAGCACGCGCACGCACACUCGUCAGGCUUCUUCAUCACUCAGGACUCGUCAUUCGGUAACCUCAUCCUCCCUGUGCUGCCACGCCUGGAGCCCGAGUCGUGACCCUUUCACACAACGUGUGCACAAAAGCUCACGUCUCACUUCCAAGUUUCACCUUUGGGCUCUGUCAUAUGUGGACACCUAUUUAUCCUUGCAACAAUCUCAGGGGAGUUGGAAUGCAUUUCAGUUAUUUAUAAGGAAGAAAAAAAAUCUUCCUCAACACGUGUAACACUGGGAUUCUGUGCUGUAUACUGUGUAUGCAUAUAUGUGACAUCUGUCAUGGCACUAAUCACAUGAUCUUUAUAUAUGGGGCUCAUUUCUUCCAUCUCAAGUGAAUUGUUUAUAAUGCUGUUUCAAACAUUAAAAAGCAAUCUGGUGUAUGCGGUCAAGUGCAGUGAGGAAUGCCCAGGUACAUAGAGUACAUUGGUGAAAUCAAGCAACCACUGAGCAGGCGAAUGGCACAACACAAACAGGUCAAGACUCAGCUGUGUGCCUGGACUUCCAAGAGAUGCAGCACUCUUUUGAGGACAACUAUGCAUGUUCUGGACAGGGAGGACAGUUUGAAAGAGGAGUGAGAGAGGCCAUCUAUGUGACUGUGCAAAGAUCGUCCCAAAACAGAGGAGGAGCUUACUACACCACUUAUCUCCCACUUAGAAUCUCGUUCUUUCAUCCAUUCCACACAAACUCCAUAAUUCUGCCCCCAACAAAUAACACAAAAACGUGGCCUGCUUGGCUGUGGAGCGGCUCCACUACCACUUUCCAACUGAAUGGAAUAUUAGUGAGGGAGUUUCCACCUAAUGACCUAAUGGCCUCUCUGCCAGGCAUUCUAACGACGGUCCCAAUUUUUGCAUUCCAAAAGAAUGUUACAGCUCGUUGUUUGGGGCGUGGCUCUAACUUGGAGCAUAAAUAGUUGAGUUUCUCCACACCAAGUCAGGCUAGGUUGUCGUAACGACGCCUUGUUGCAUGAACAGAUGCCUUCUAAGACAACCAGAACAGUCCAGUUGCGAUCGAUUCAAGUCCCUGUGAAUGAAAUGGCCUGGAUGAAUGAGAAUAUUCACAGGCAACUCUCUGAAAGGGCUUCUUUUUUUUUUUAAUUCAACUUUUUUUCAGCUAAUAAAGUGGGAAUUACA